GACCGCCAAGCCAAGUAUCAAGGUCUGAGCCGUCCCAAGAAGUGGGCAGCCUCCAACUGGGAACCUUCCACACCCUCUUCAAGUGAGUUAGAGCAGCACCAACAGUCACCAUGAAAGUUCUAAUCUCUUCCCUUCUUCUGUUGCUGCCCCUAAUGCUGAUGUCUGUGGUCUCUAGCAUUCCAAAUCCAGGGGUUGCCAGACGUCACAGGGACCAACACCAGGCUUCUGGGAGGUGGCUCAAGGCCGAUGGCCAAGAAUGUGAGUGCAAAGAUUGGUUCCUGAGAGCCCCUAAAAGAAAACCCAUGACAGUGCCUGGACUGCCACAGAAGCGGUGUCCCUGCGAUCAUUUCAAGGGCAAUGUGAAGAAAACCAGGCACCGAGGGCACCACAGGGAGCCAAACAAGCGCUCCAGAGCCUGCCAGCAAUUUCUCAAACAGUGUCAGCUAGCAAGCCUUGCUCUGCCUUUGUAGGAGCUCUGAGAGCCCACUCUCCCAACAAAACACUCUCAGUCAAGGGACAGUGAGUGCACCUGGAGGAUGCUCAUUUCCCACCUCAAGCUCCCCCUCCCUGUCUCCACUCCAGUGGUCUCAGGAAGCAUUUUCCCAAGGUUAUUGCUCCCUCUAGUGCCUUCUGCUCUCCUCAGUCUUUUCCCAUGCCCUCCCUUUACCCAGGCUUAAGCUUAAUUACCUGAAAAAAAAAAAACCCAGGAAACCCCAGUUUCCUAGCUGGUCCCACCAACCAGGCAAGUAGCACACAGAGGUCAAUAAAUAUUUUUAAAUGUAA